AGCCAGGACGCCACGGCUCCGCCUGAAGCGAUGGCCCAGCCCUACCCCCCCGCCCAGUACCCGCCUCCGCCACAGAACGGCAUCCCCGCCGAGUACGCCCCGCCCCCGCCGCACCCCACACAGGACUACUCGGGCCAGACCCCGGUGCCCCCGGAGCACGGCCUGACCCUGUACACACCAGCACAGACCCACCCCGAGCAGCCGGGCACCGAGGCCAGCACGCAGCCCAUGGCGGGGGCCCCGACAGUGCCGCAGACGGACGAGGCGGCCCAGACGGACAGCCAGCAGCUCCAUCCCUCCGACCCCACAGAGAAGCAGCACCCCAAGCGGCUCCACGUCUCCAACAUCCCCUUCCGGUUCAGGGACCCCGACCUGCGGCAAAUGUUCGGGCAAUUCGGGAAAAUUUUAGACGUGGAGAUCAUUUUUAACGAGCGGGGCUCCAAGGGCUUCGGGUUUGUCACGUUUGAAACUAGCUCAGAUGCUGACCGGGCCCGGGAGAAGCUGAAUGGGACGAUCGUAGAGGGACGGAAAAUUGAGGUCAAUAACGCCACGGCCCGAGUCAUGACCAACAAGAAGACGUCGAACCCCUACACCAACGGCUGGAAGCUCAACCCGGUGGUAGGCGCAGUCUAUGGGCCUGAAUUCUAUGCAGUGACGGGGUUCCCGUACCCCACCACGGGCACGGCCGUGGCCUACAGGGGCGCGCACCUGCGGGGCCGGGGCCGGGCCGUGUAUAACGCGUUCCGGGCCGCGCCGCCCCCGCCCCCCAUCCCAACGUAUGGAGCGGCCCUGGAGCAAACGCUUGUUAAAAUGCCAGUCCCAUGGGCAGGGCUGGCACCCUGCCCCCUCCCUCCUCAGCAGCCUCCGGAGCCGGCCUACCCCUCUCCAGCGUUCCCACCACUCUCUUGUCCGUUUGCUUCCAGGGUCGUCUAUCAGGAUGGCUUUUACGGUGCUGAGAUUUAUGGAGGCUAUGCCGCCUACAGAUACGCCCAGCCGGCCGCGGCCGCGGCAGCAGCAGCCUACAGCGACAGUUACGGCCGAGUCUACACAGCUGCCGACCCCUACCCCCACCCCAUCGGCCCCACGGCCGCCUACAGCAUCGGGACCAUGGCAGGCCUCUGCCGAGGAGGGCACAGCCGCUUCACCCCCUACUAG